AUGGCGCUUCCAAUCAGCAGCCCCUCACCACGGCUAGACCGUUUCCAGCAGGCCAUGGAAUCGCUCUACGGCAGUUUCACCUCCAUCUCAGACCCCGAGCACUGGACCCCGCCACCACGAUCAGGCGGCCACCGCGGGCGCUAUUUAUGGACCGACGCGUUCGGAGUCAUUAAUCUAUUGACGAUGCAAAAAGAGUAUAGUCGGGCGGGCGGGGGGAGUGUUCACGAUGGCCGGUACCUCAUACUAGCUCGGCGGCUGAUUGAGGCCGUGCACGAUAUAUUGGGUCGCACCCGAGACGGACGCUCACGACUGCCAGGGGCGACAGAUCUCAAUCCACUGGGCGGCGGAUUGCGAAUUGGCAAGACAGAUGAGCGCGGCUCAGAUGGCGACGGCCAGUAUCACCACUAUUUGACAGUGUGGAUGUUCGCUCUUAACCGCAUGGCCAAGGCAUCGGGCGACAUAGCCUAUAACCGGCAAGCUGUUGAGCUGGCGCGCGCUAUCCACCCGCGAUUCUUUGUUGACCGGGCGGCACCGCGGCCUCGCAUGAUCUGGAAAAUGGCCAUGGACCUGUCCGCGCCUUUGGUGGCAUCUGAGGGGAACCUCGAUCCGAUUGAUGGUUACGUUGUCUUCCGGCUGCUGCAGGCGGCGGCCGUGGAGGCGGGCGAGGGCGAAGUGCUCGCAGAAGAGAUCGCCGAUUACAAGCGAGUGAUGGAUCGCAAAGGCGAACACUUUGUCUCCAGCGACCCGCUGGAUCUGGGUAUGACGCUGUGGACGGCACAUUGGUUUUCGGACGAAGAUUGGGCCGCGCGUCUGUCGGGGAGGUGUUUUGAGCAGAUCUAUAACCUCUUCGAGAUCAACCGCUACCUCGAUCGCAACAUCAAAUUCCGCUUAGCAUUCCGUGAAUUCGGGACCUGUAUGGGUGUUCAAUGCCAAUCAGAACAGACCACAGAGAAGGAUCAGGCGGUCGAUCUCAAGACGUACUCGGACGCCAUCAUUGCCGCUUGGGAUCCGUACAUGGAGCUGUCGAUUUCCGAGGGGCUCACCCCAGAAGACCUUCGGCCGAUAACUCGGGUGAUGUAUGCAUCAGCUUUGAUCCCUGGAGCUUUCCGUGCGGGUUACUUGGGACAAGAGCCGAAGUCAGUGGGCGCGAAAUGA